AUGGACAGUGAAGUGGGAACGAUGAACACCAGCCUUGACAGUCCCCUGAGCCCGAGGCACCUGACUGGUUUGGGGAUGAACUGUCUUCUUGGACAAAAGUACAGACACUCUGGGCCUGGCCUCACCAGUCCUCAGGAGUACAACCAGUGGCUGCCUUACCGCCAUGAUGCCAGCCUGCUGCCCAUGAAAGAAGACCUGGCUUUCUGGCUCAACACGCUUUUGGGUGUGGACCUCACAGCAGAUGGUCUGAUGGAGAGGUUGGAUAAUGGUGUUAUCCUCUGUCAGCUGGCACAGCUGCUGCAGGAGAAAAUGAUCCACAUCAACAAUGGCAAGCCCUUCACGAGAAGAGUGAUCCACUGGCGAGCUGAUGCAACCUCUGGAUCAUUUUUCGCCCGAGACAACACUGCCAACUUCCUCUACUGGUGUCGAAAGAUUGGCGUUGAUGAGGCUUACCUGUUUGAGUCAGAGGAUUUGGUCCUGCACAAGCAACCUCGGGAGGUGUGCCUGUGUCUUAUGGAGCUGGGACGGAUUGCAGCCAGGUAUGGAGUGGAGCCUCCAGGGCUGGUGAAGUUAGAGAGAGAGAUAGAGAGGGAGGAGGCAGGGUGCUUAUUCUCCAUCAUCCCAGUCUCUCCUUUUCCUUCUAACAUCAUUGUUCGCCAUCACAAUCCUCCUCCUCCUCCUCCUCCACCCAUGCCCCUCACUCCAAGCACAACCUGUCUGUCUGAAACCCUUGCCGCUUCCCUCGCCUCUGAUCUUCCAUCAGCCACAACAAACCCAGUACCUACAUGUUUAUCCCCUCCUCAGUCCUCCCUCUCAGCCUCUAACCCUUGUACAACCACAGCCUCAACACAAACACCUUUGUUCUCUUCAUCCUGCACCACUAACACAUCUGCCUCAACUCCACUGGCGGCACCCUCGCCGGGCCGAACCCUGGUAUCCCCUGCCAGAGUCUCAUGUACCACAAUAAACAACCACACUCCCGUCACCUCCCCACCUGUAGCCUCGACUCCGCGUUCCUCGAGCAAAUCCACAAGCCGGAACAGCAGAGGCACCAACGACAUUUUGGAUGAUAUUGUGCAAACAUUCAUUGAAAAUCCCCCCUGCAGGCUGCCCACCAGGUGUCUUGUCGAGAGAAACAAACCUAAAGGCUGCUAACGUGUUGGGGAUAAAGUUCUGUAUAUUAAGGGACUGUACUCAAAAACAGCAUCAAAAGCAGCAGAUGUGGCUAAAGCCUGCCUCCUACUGCGUCAUGUGAUGGUGCGCGUAGGCGGAGGCUGGGAGACCUUUAUAAGUUACCUGCAGAAACACGACCCCUGCAGAGGAGCAGGACCGGUCGGCAGAUCUGAGGUCAGGGUCUGUAGGGACAAAGCGAAGCCGCCCAGUUUGAACAUCUCAUCUGACAGCUACAUGGUGGUCGGUGCCCAUUACCGUGGCAAGAAGUAG